GCGGCGCAAUCGCCGCACGACCGUAUAGGACGUACCGGCCGAGUCGCGCGUCAUUCUCGUGCAGCAGUGCACAUUGACCGGAUCCCGUCGUCGCCGUCGUAGUGGUCGUUGCCGUUCCCGUCGUCGUUUGCCGCAUAACGCGUUUCCGGGAGGAAAGGAAAACUAAAACUCACCAAACGAUAUAGUUUACAUUUAUAUUAUUUUUCGAUAACAAACGCUAUCGUCGUGAAUUCCAAACAGUCGUCGAUCAAAAUUUGAAGUCUUCCCUCCCAGUCACCCGCGAAGAUUGUUACACACGCACACGAAUCGUACACGUAUACUAUACUUGGAGCGGCAUAUAGCGCACAGCGAAUAUCGUUGUGCAACGAACCGACCGACCCGUGCAAGUACACCUGCACGCACGCACGCGAGUGUCCGGUGACCCGAGUGCACGCCCGCUGCAUCAGGACAACAGAGUCCGCGGCCGAGGAGACAUCCAAUAUUUUAUACAUCUACUGACGACGACGACCGGUGAAAAGCGAUACGCGAAUCAUGUCGUCAUCGAACAAUGCAUGGGUGACAUUAGCCACGAACGAUUCUUACUCCUUAGGAGCGUUGGUCCUGGCGCAUUCAUUGAAAGCCGUUAAGACAGUGCACAAAUUGGCCAUAUUAAUUACACCUGGCGUAACGGCGCCUAUGAAACUACAGAUCGAAGCCGUAUUCGAUGAAGUCAAAGUGGUGGACGUAUUGGAUUCCAAGGAUCAGACACACUUGGCCCUGAUGUGUCGCCCCGAACUAGGAGUGACUUUCACCAAACUGCAUUGCUGGACGUUUACCGGCUACGAUAAAUGCGUGUUCCUCGAUGCAGACACAUUGGUGUUGCAAAACUGUGAUGAACUAUUUGAACGCGAAGAAUUAUCGGCUGCUCCGGAUCCAGGAUGGCCAGAUUGCUUCAAUUCUGGUGUCUUUGUGUAUAAACCUUCUCAGGACACAUUCGGCCAACUAUUAGAAUUUGCAAGGACUAGAGGAUCAUUCGAUGGAGGAGACCAAGGGCUGUUAAAUAUGUUUUUCAAAGAAUGGUCUAACACAGAUAUUUCAAAACAUUUAUCAUUUACCUACAAUGUAGUUUGGUCAUCUACGUAUUCAUAUUUACCGGCACUAAAACAGUUUGGCCAAAAUAUGAAGAUUGUCCACUUUAUAUCUUCUAGCAAACCUUGGCUUCAGUCAUUUAAUACUGAGACUAGACUUGUAACUUCAACCCACGGGGGGUCUGGAUUACAAGAAUUAUUACAACUUUGGUGGGAUUUGUUCUGUCGGCAUGUCCACCCUGGACUUUCCACCGAAAUGAUAGAAAGUCGCCUCAGUAGCCGUUAUUCCUAUGAUUUUCAUCCCAAAUCCCAAAAUAACAAUUAUACGUGUGAUAAUUAUACUCCUUAUAAUCAAAAUAAUUGCACUCUCGAUAAUAAUUAUACUUUUAAUAGCAAUACUUCAAAUAAUAAUUAUUUUCCUACUCAUGAUCCUCCAAAAGAGGAACAUUAUGAUUUUAUUGACCCUUGGGAUGAGUAUUUGGUUGAAAAAGUUGAGCAAACAAAUUAUGAAGUUGAAAAAGAAAAUGUUGAUGGUGAUAGACAUUUGGUGGAAGUAUACUCGAAUAACCAUUGUGAUCAGGAAGUGGAAAAUAAUUAUUGUAUAAAUAACUCCCAUACGGAAGAGCAAACAAGAGACUGUAGUUUUCAGAAUAAUCUAGUGGAAGAAUGUAAUACAUUUGGAAAUGAUGAGCAGAAUAGAGAACAUUUUGAAGAAGUUAGAGAAUUCAAUGAGCAAAAGCAAGUGCAAAUGCCAGAUCGGUCAAUAAGUGAUAAACAAAAUCCUGCAUGUUCUGAUGAUAUUCCCAAUAACCCUAUCUCCAGUCUGAGUGUAAUUAACUGUCGUCCUGAUUCUCCGACACAUUGCGAGGUACCUAAGGACCAGAUUUGUCACAUAGAUGGUGGUUUGGCUGGACAAUUCGCAAGGGUUUCAUUGGGUGAAAAAACCAUUGAACAAAAAGCUUUAGAAGAUUUUCUUCGACGCCAAUCUUGGGAACAAGGAAACAUGGAUUAUUUAGGCAAGGACAGCUUUUCUAAUAUAUGGUCUAAGAUAAAUGAAACUCUUGGAAGUACUCCAGAAGUUAAUAUUGAGACUGUUGCUGUAAAAACAUCAAUACCACCAGAAGUUGUGCACACUGAAGAACCAAAGCCAUUGAAAUCUGCUUUGAAAAAAACAUCAACUACUAUUCCACCAGUGAGUUCUGAGAUUGAAAUCGAUAGUAGUGAUCCGGCUGUUAAACAACUGGAAAAGCUUGACCUGUCCAAGGAUAUUUUAAAAGAGUUAAAGACACCCGAUACUCCUACUAUUACUGCACCAACACCUCCGACUACACCCGCAACCAUAGCUCAAGAAAUAGUAAACCCAGUAGUAGUACCAGUAGAAGUACCUGUAGAAUCUGUGAAAGAAACAAUAAAAUCUGAUGUGCUUAUUAAAGAGUCUCAAGAGUCAGUGGAGUUAAAAUCGACUAAGCCAGAAGCGGAACUUGCAAAAGAACUGCCGAUAUCUGAAGCGUGUACUUUAAAAUCAGUUGAACAAGAAUUACCGAUACCGGAACCAGUGGAUCCUAUAAAAGAAACACCAUCUUCUGUUACCGGUACAGAGCCAAUAGUUGAAGAAAGUUCGAAAUCACCUGUACCCAAAACGGAUGAGCCAGUAAAAUGCGUAUCUCAAUCUGUUGAAACAGCUCAAGCAACCCAAACCUCUGUUGAUAAUGCCACACCAUUAGUCUCAAAUGAUCCACCAGUAGCCCCGAAACGUACUAAUAAAGGAUCGCAGAGUGUUUCCAAAAACGCCAAAUCUCCUGAGAAAAAAUAAAACUAUUAUGAAACAAUAUUAUAAUCAAUCCAUAUAUUAUUAUGUACACGUUUUGUUUUGUUCCUCGGAUUAAUAUAGUUUUAUUGAUUUUCUUUUUUAUUAACAAAAAAUAGGCUAAACUAAUUAAUGGACAAUCGGAGCCAAUAAUUGUUUUAGGCUAAAUUCUUGCACACUUUAAUUCUUAUUUAUAUGCGAUUUUCAUUAAAAUGUUUUAUUAAACCAAUUCACGCGAGAUAGUCAUUAACUAUUUGAUUAUAAUAAUAUUUUAAUAGAUGAAUGGAUUUAUAUUUUUAAAAUAUGUGAAUACUUCUGUUGUUAUAUCAAUGUUUGGUUGCCUACACGUGUUAUUUUCAAGGAAAAAAAAUAAAUUUUCUCCUGAGUAUAAUAUUAUAUUUAUUAA